UCCAAGGCCAUAUGGUGUCAUUUUACAUUAGAAAUGAUUGCCCAUUUGAAAUAUGGCCAGCAAUUGCUCCAAAUGUUGGCCAUCCUGUGAUUGCUGAUGGUGGAUUUUUGCUCCCUUCUGGUGAGACUAAGAGGAUCCAAGCCCCUGCACAAUGGAAUGGGCGCUUCUGGGCAAGAACUGGAUGUGAUUUCUCAUCAAUCUUAAAGCCUGCUUGCCAAACUGGUGAUUGCCAAGGUUUGCUAUCAUGCAAUGGAACAAUUGGUUUGCCUCCUGCCACACUUAUAGAGGUUUCAAUUCAAGAAGAAAUAAGCAAACCUAGCUUUUAUGAUGUUAGUCUUGUUGAUGGCUAUAACUUACCUGUAUCAGUAUCCACAAGGCCAAAAAACCCUAAGUGCUUAAUACAAGGAUGCAAAGGAAGUGUUAAUGAUGUGUGCCCUCAAGAGCUUCAAGUUUUAGAUCAAAAUGGAGAUGUGAUUGCAUGCAAGAGUGCAUGUUUGGCUUUCAACCAAGACAUAUUUUGUUGCAGAGGUUCAUAUCAAAGUCCUGAAAAGUGCAAGCCUAGUAUGUACUCUAAGUUGUUCAAGGAGGCUUGCCCUUCUUAUUUUAGUUAUGCUUAUGAUACGCCAUCACCACUUAUGAGUUGUUCUUCGAAAAUAUAUGUCAUCACUUUUUGCCCCUCUAAUUGGAGCAAUCACCAAUCGGUGUAG